AUGAAAUAUUUUUUUUUAAACUGCAUUAACAACAUAGUUAAAAGAAAAAGGGAAAACAAAGUGAAAAUACUUUUGAACUUCAUUUUGGAAAAGCAGCGAGAUGGGUACUUGUGCGACGAUGAUGUUGUGUACCCUCUGUCAGCGCUGUGCUCCUUCCUGAAUGAGUUGAGCGAGCAGUUGGGACGUCGGGUCGACGCGAGACCGCGUCGGGUUCAGAAGCAGGACGGGAGGAGAGGUUGGCAGCCCCAGGCUGGGAAAGGAUCCCCCCCGCAAGCUCCUACGCAAUCACCCACGCCGCUGACCAGGCUGACCAGGCUAACCAGGCUAACCAGGCUAACCCGGCCAAUCGCGCCGCUAACCAGGCUAACCCGGCCAAUCGCGCCGCUAACCACGCCAACCACGCCGCUACCCCCGCCAACCCUACUGCACCACUUUGUGCGAACUAGCCAGCUGCACGUGCGCUCCUUCGUCGAAGCACUUUUGAAGCAGUUCCACGCAAAGGGUGACGCGUCAGAGGUAGCCAUACGAAGUUGUACAUACCUGCUGAAUGCGCUGUGCCUGUUGGACUACGACGGACAGGCGAACCACUGCAGGGAGCUCCUUACCAGAGUGGUGAAUUCGUUUGUCCAACUAAAUAGGAGGUACCUACACCAUGAUGAGAGAAGCGACCGAAAGGGUCAAGCCCCAGUAGGGACACACACCCAAUUGGGGGUAAUAAGGACCACUCAGAAGAACGACCCUUUCAACAAACAGAUAUGCAGCCAAAUGGUAGUAGAAAUCCUCACAGUAAUUAACAAGCACUCUGCAAAAUUAAAGAGCUCCAAAGAGCACAUGGAUCUACUGAGCGUGUUCUACCUGGAGUUGGUUAAUUACUUGUUCGCCUCAACCACACUUGGUGUAAGGCCCCCUACGGAGGGUCACCACACCGAUAAGCAUCCUCUUCUCAGGGGGGAGAAUCACCACACGGAUAAACUUCUACGUGAUAAAGGGAAGCCCCACCCACGGGUCGUUGUAACUAGCCAUAUUGAUCCAAACCGCAUGAACUUGAAUCGAAUCAAGCGAUUCUACACGGAGGUGCAUUUGGACGUCCACCACUUUGUUAGUAUCGCCCUGUUUGUGAACAGAUACGCGGAGGUGCUAAACCGGUUCGACCUCCGGGAGGGGGGUUCCCCGAGGGGGGCUACUGAGAAAGCCCCCUACCAUGACUACCCCAUUAGCAGUGACCACUUCCUCCGCACGAUAAGCACAGCCACUGUGCACAUCUACCUGAAUCUGUUUUGGAGACCGAAGUGGGAGAAGUCCCCAAAGGGGAGGGACUCCUCCAACAAACGACAACACAUAUGUAAUGAAGUCACACAUCUCGGAAGAGUCCCCUCUCAGAACCUGCAAAAAGGACCAACAUCCUAUGCUUACCCAGAACCAUAUGCAUCCCUCCAAGGGGAACCCUCGAAUGGAAGUUACUCUCCCUUUUUCUUCAUGUGGAGUUACUUCCCUGAGCAAUUUAUGCAGCUGUACAGGACGGACAAAAUAAAUAUCGAUUUGGUUGUACGUCAGAAUCUUAUGGAUUUGUUGAGCUGUUUGAAGACCCUGUCCUUGAGGGUACUAGCUAGCGAUUCGAUCACAUGUGAUCACUUUAAUAAGAGAAUCUACAGCCACAUCGUAUCGUUUAAACUCCUCCUAAAUCUCAUGAAUGGGGAAAGGUUACCCCGAAAAGACUCCCUCGUUAAUGCACUCUCUUGCCCCCCCCUGCUGGCCAACCGGAGGCACCUCUUCAACAUGUGUAGCCUCUACGCCCAGCUUAACUUCCACGACGAGUCCUUCGCCCGACUGCUAGCCAAAACGACGACUCAUAAUUUGACACAACUGGGAAAGAAAGAUAUCAUGGCGGUUGUGUUCUUCCUAGGGAAAGCACCCCCAACUCAGGGAGAGAUGCUACUUCAUCACUUAGUGAGACACAUCCAACAACACAUCACCACCUACGACAUGAGCGACUUUCACUUAACAUUUAAGGCACUCCUCAAAUAUACCAAUCAACAGGAAUGGAAAGGUCCUUGUGUCACUCAUAUGACCACUAUACUACACCAUGUCCUUAUACGUGUCCUCAUUGUGUGUUACGAAAUGGAGACAACGGAAAAAGCUGCACAGUUACCAUGUCAGGGAAAGGCCAAGGAGGAGAUUAUCACCCAACAGGUUGAUUGCACUAGGACUCUUCAUGAGUUUUACGAUGUGCUUCUCUCCCGUGGGAGACUCAACAAAGAGUUAGUCACCCAAGGGGGCAACACUACUCCAUACGUACCGGAGGACAGUGCUUCCCUCUCCAUUAGCCAAGAAGAAAUUCAAGCAAUCUAUUCAAAGCUGAGAAGAUCACCCGCUUGGUUCAUAUCGGGCAGCGGAAUGCUCACUCGAGGUGAGAAGAAGAACCAAUUUCUGCGGGACACUCUCAACAUAUUAAACGUCGCAGUUAAGCUAAUAAAGAGCAAGUGCUUCCCCCUGUUCGAUGAUCGCUACCUUGCUAUGUACGAAGCCCGUUGCCUCUCCCUGUGCGACGCUCUGUACCUUCUCAUUAAGCGAACGAAGAAUACCCGAAAUUGCUUCAGUGUACCGGAGUGGGUCAGCUUAAUCCUCUGCCACUGCAAUGUGGGCCACAUGCCGGAUUACCUUAACGAGUAUUUGGCACUGCUCCACGGGAAGCUCCCUGCCCAGCUCCGCGAGCAGCCCCCAGCGCAGCUGCAUGGGGGGUGCGGGGAACUCCUAGGGAUGCACAACAAGGACCUCCGCCUCAUUCGGAUGUUAUCGCAUCGCCUAAAAUCGUUUCACUUGAAAAACGGGGAGCUCUUUGCACCCUUCUGUAUGCGUGCAGAGGGGCGGACCCCCUGUGGGGUGGGCACUGCCAUCCGGGCUGAGUAG